ACCCCGCUCCAGACCUGUACGAGUCCAUGCUGAAAUACUUAAACAUCCUCUUCACAGCCCUCUUCACACUGGAGUGCUUCCUCAAGAUUAUUGCCUUCGGCCCGCUGAACUACCUGAAAGCAGCGUGGAACGUGUUUGACUUUGUGACCGUGCUGGGGAGCAUCACAGACAUCUUGGUGACAGAGAUUAAGACGAAUAUGAUGUUCAACCUGAGUUUCCUGAGGCUCUUCAGAGCUGCGCGCCUCAUCAAGUUGCUGCGGCAGGGAUACACCAUCCGUAUCCUGCUGUGGACCUUCGUUCAGUCCUUCAAGGCUCUGCCGUAUGUCUGCCUGCUCAUUGCCAUGCUGUUCUUCAUCUACGCCAUCAUUGGAAUGCAGGUGUUUGGAAACAUUAAACUGAUUGAUGAGAACGAAAUAAAUAAGCACAACAACUUCCAGACCUUUUUCCAGGCGUUGACUCUUCUCUUCAGGAGUGCGACGGGCGAGGCGUGGCAGGAUAUCAUGUUGGCGUGUCUCAGUAACCGGCCAUGUGAUGACCUCACAGGAACCGUGGGGAAAGAGUGUGGAAGUGACUUUGCCUACUUCUACUUUGUCUCCUUCAUCUUCCUCUGCUCCUUCCUGAUGCUGAACCUGUUUGUCGCUGUCAUCAUGGACAACUUUGAGUAUCUGACCAGGGACGCCUCCAUCCUUGGGCCUCAUCACCUCGAUGAAUUCAUCCGCGUGUGGGCAGAGUACGACCCUGCUGCCUGCGGGAGGAUAUGCUAUCAGGAUAUGUACAAAUUGUUGCGUUUUAUCUCCCCUCCCCUGGGCCUGGGGAAGAAGUGCCCUAACAGAGUGGCUUAUAAGCGAUUGGUGAGGAUGAACAUGCCCAUUGCGGAGGACAAGACGGUGCACUUCACCUCCACGCUGAUGGCCUUGAUCCGCACGGCGCUGGAGAUCAAACUGGCUUCUGGGGUCCUGGCGCAGCAUCUUUGCGACGCUGACCUGAAGCGGGAGAUCGCCCGCGUGUGGCCCAACCUGUCGCAGAAGACCGUCGACCUGCUGGUGACCCCACCCAAAUACAACGAGCUGACGGUGGGGAAGGUCUACGCAGCUCUGAUGAUCUUUGACUACUACAAGCAGACCUGUGCCAAGAGACUCCAGCAGCAGAACAACACAGGCUUACCUCAGAGUAAACUCGGGACGCUGUUCCGUCCCGUGCUGACCCUCACUCAGAUAAAGGAAGUAGAACCAACGUUCCCCUUCCCCAAACAGCCCAGCCCCUCCCAGCCUGCGCCAGAAACCAAGCUAGUGGCACUGCCCAGUACCAGCAUCCCCUCCAUCAGCAGGGACACAGCGCUAAACCAGACGAGGGUCAUAAAACAUUCCCAGUCCGGAGACGUUUCUCAGAUGGCACAACAGAGACCCAAAGUCCGGAGGAAACUACAGAGAGGCCAGUCAGAGGAUGUUCCCUACACCACCAGACCUCAGGAAUUCGUUGAGCUGACGAAGGUGGAGGACGUUUCUGACUCAGAGGCAUAUCCGAGCCUGGAGGGCCACUGCAGAGCGGCUUCUCUGCCCAGACUCAACGCUGAGUACUACCCGAUUGUGGACCUGAGUCCCAUCAAGCGCUCGGCCUCCUCGCUGAUGCCGCAGCACUACCAGGAGGUCGGGCUGAGGGAGUAUGCCCUGGAACGACCCGGCUUGGCUCAGUCCCCGACGGGCCCAGGUCAGAUCCAGGACCAGGACAGAGCCCACCACCAUCACCACCACCACCGCUGCCAUAGACGCAGGGAGAAAGAUAAAGACAAGAAGCAGAAGUCUCUGGAUAGAGCUGGAUCAGUGCAGCCAUCCAGCACAGUUGAUUCGUUCACCGACCCUUCAGUGGAGGGUUUGUCCAGAGAGCGAGCGAGGGAGCGUGACCGCAGCCGGCCUCAUGAGAGGAGGCAUCACUCCUCAGCAGGAGAGAAGCAGCGCUACUACUCCUGUGAGCGUUACGGCAGCAGAGAGCAGUGUCACACCAAAUCAGCCGGCCCCAGCAGAUCCACGUCCCCCGGAGAGGGGCAGGACGCUGCUCUGCUCAGACAGCAUGGUAGCAGUGGGGUAAAAGCUGUGCCGCUGCCCUCGGGUUCGAGCACUCCAGGCCGCGGUCGCAGGCAGCUCCCUCAGACCCCCCUCACCCCUCGUCCUGCCGUGGCUUACAAGACCGCCAACUCCUCGCCUUUCCAGCCCAGUGCCAGCGCCGCCACCGCGGGGCCCCAGACUCGCUUCAGCCGCGGCCUUUCAGAGCACGAUCGGUUAAACUGGGGCCACGACGAGUCCCCGAUCCCCGUCACACGCAUCGGUUCGGACUCUAAUCUAAACCGGCAGUCGCAGAUCUCCCCUCAACAGGCGUCCCAUGGAGAGGACUUCCAUGACUCUGUGAGUAGCCACGGAGGGGGACGCUUUGCCCGAAACGCAGCCUCCACCUCCACCUCCACCACAGCCUCAGCUUCACAAGGAACUGCCGCUGCGUCCGUCACAGCGGCAAACUCGCAGGGUCGCUCGGGGGUGCCCAACGGGUUCCACUUCACCCUCGGGGUCAACUCUGCGUCUGCUGCUGGGAGCCGAGGGAGUCUCAGGGAGAGGGAGGACGAGGACUGGUGCUAACGUGGUGGAAACGUAUCAGUGUUGUACAGCGCUCUAACUAAGGAAGCCGGCGGAUUUAUCCAAAAGGAAACUCUUUGAGGAAAAAGCCAGUGGAAAGUGCUGUAACAGGGGAUCAGAAACCAUUCCAGCUUUGUAGUGUUACUCUCCUUUUUUAUACAACAAACUUUUAAGGAAAUAAAGACACUGAUGACUUUUUCUACCCCCUUUACUUGCACUGAAACUAUAGCACCUGUGAAGACCCUUAAGUAUUUUGCCUUGGCCAGUAAAAUCAGCGAUGGAGCAGAAGACAAAACGCCAUCCUCAUUCUUUGAGCGGAAGUGAUCUGAAUGCCUCAAAGCUGGUAUCAACAUGGCUGCUCACAACACUGUUUUAUUUUUGUAUGUUUAAUGUUGUCUAUGGUUGCUAUGUCGGUGAGAGAAGAGUUACAACUUGAUCAUAUUGAUGCUUCCACCAAAUUAUCUUUUUUUCAUCAGCCUUUACUUGGGGUUAUCACCAAAUUUUGUCCAGAUGGAACCAAUUUAUGUCAAUCUUAAACUUCUGCCAUGAAACCUAAGGGACACACCGAAAAAUGUGACAAAAAAUGUAACAUUGUGAAAGGUUGGAUUUAGAAUUAGAGCCCAGUUUUCAUAAUCAGUUUUUGUAAAUUGUACCAGAUGUACAUUUUUUGAGUGCACAUAGGGAAUAGAUAACUCUUUUCUGAUGUUAUGUGGCUGAUUACUAAGUGCCUCGUUUUCCAAGAUGUAUUAAGAUGCAGCCUGAUCAGAUGGACUUGAAUAUACAGUAGAGGAUGUGAGUGUGUACAAGGCUGAGGAAAGUGUAGAGAACAAAGUUUUAAUCUGGUAUAGUGGACCGAAUGCAAAAAAAUAUCAAUUAUGUUUUGUACUGAAUCUUGUGGUAGGUAUGUCUGAUUUACAGAUCCAAAGUAAGCAAUGUAAUGCAUGCCAGGGUCUUGAACUUGUCAAAAAUAGUGUCUGUACUUUUUGCUUAAGGGUGUGUGGUAAGCAUUUGCCUUUCUCUUUCAAAUAUACUGCCAGCCAGUUGGUAGAAAUGGUCUCUGAAUGCAGAAAAGUGCCAUUUUUUUAUUUAUUUCUGAUCAACAAAUCUCAACACUUGCCUCCUCAAGCAUACAUUGUUUCUGCCAUAUUUCCCCAAAUGUCCAGGUUUAUACUUAUCUCUUUCCCCCCCCUGAGUGCAGUAUUGUUUGAGGGUUUUAGGUGAGGUUACCUGUCUGUGUAUCCGCAGGUACAAUAAAGAGUUGUGUUGUUGCCGCUGACUGUUGACUUGAAAUAGGGCUAUGCAACAAGACGACACUUCAUCUGCCCUGUAGCUUUACCGUCUCGAAUCUCCAGGUUCAGGCUUUAGUGUGACUGCGACCAAAUUUUACAUUUAUGUAUGAAGAGUUGUAAAUUGUAUAUGUAUUAUAUGAUGUACAGUUAACUGACAGACACACACUGAGGCACAAAUGGCAUCAAAGCUGAUAUAUGUGAAUCACAGGGCAUUUAGAGGUUGGCAAGUUGACUGCAUGAAGCCUACCCAGAUAGAAACACCCAGAAUAUAAAACUGCUGGAUCAAGUUGUGUUUUUAAAUUAUUUUUGAACAGUUUUAAACUUGCUUGAAAACCAGAUACAUAUUGACUGAUACAAUGGUUUAGUGUGAGGUAUUCUGUCAAUAACAGAUAGCUAAUCUAACAUUUCUGUAUGAUUAGAGUUCUAGGUAAAGAGCUGACCGGCCAUUUAGGAAACCCCAGACCCGAGCUUAAAUGUAGCUUUUUCCCCCUUUUCUGCAACAUGUUGGCUCCACUCUUUCCCACUUUCCUUUGGGCAUGACUUAUUGUCAACUAAUCCAAUGAAAGACCAAUACCAACAAUAGUGUGUUUUUAAACAUUUGUGAAAAAAUGGGUCUUACUGCCCAUGAGAUAUAUCAGACUUUUGAUGAAAAUACUUAUUGGUAGAUAAAUAGAAAUUAAAUUGAAGUAAUUGGUCAAAGAACAAGUACAUAUAUUUUGUUGCAAUAAAGGAUUUAAGAAAAAGGUUUUGUCAAAACGGGAUUAUGGGUGGCUAUUUAAAAACUAAAAUGUUUUCACAUUUAUAGAAAGAUUAUUUGUCAGUAUUUUGAAUCAAAAUACAGAUUAGAUCUUCUAGGUGUCUACAUCUCUUGGUGCAUGUUGAAUCUAAGCAAGUUUAAGAACAUGUAAAUAAUUUGCUAACAUGAUUUGAUCCAAUUAUUUCCCUAACCCUAACUUCCUGUUGUCCCAUAUGUGUGCAAUCUAUUUGAUGGAUCAUCUAAAAGGAGCUGUUUUAGACUUUAAAGCAAUAAGGUCUAACUGUAGGCGUGGCUCUGGUAUGUGUAAAGGUAACGUAAUAGAUUGCUUGUUGUCUUUUAAAAAAGCUGUACGUUGCCUAAUGGAGUAGAGAUUGGUGUUCAUCUCUAAAGUAGAUUUUUCAAAACAACAUUUCCAGACCUCCAACGAGCGUGACAUGAACAGGGUGCCAAGUUGUCCUCUUACAGUUUUACUCUUGACUGCCCCCUCUGGACAUGUCCGGGAUUGCAUGUUCUGAAAUGAAAAUGUGCAUGUGCAAAAAAAAGAAAAAAAAGAGGAAUUGUUUGACUUCAUUCAGUCCAUGAUUUGUACCCUUUGUUUCCUUGUUGUAUUUUCUGAUUAUCUAAACACUCAAUGUAUCUGUUUCAGGUAAAGACAAAAAAAGAGAGCUUGAAUAACAUUUAAUUACCACCAAAGUGGAAACAAGGCUCUUUCUCAGAAAAGAGAUUCUGGAAUGGCUGAAUCCUUCGCUGCCUGAUAUGUUACUUGACUGUCUCUCCCACAGUCAUUUUGACUGUACCUAUAGAUUUUAUAUGAAUAUAAGUCCUU